GACUUCUAAAUUUCAUUCCAACCAAAGCCAAACACUUAUUCCAACUACUUUCCACAAGUGCUUGUUUCUCCAACAUGGAUAAGAUAAACAAAUUGGUGUCCCAGAGAGCAGUGGUGAUCUUCAGCACUAGCUCGUGUUGUAUGUGCCACACAGUGAAGAGGCUAAUAUGUGAGCUUGGUGUGAACCCUGCGGUUUACGAGCUCGACGAGGAAGAUCGAGGGAAGGAGAUGGAGAAGGCUUUGUCUAAGCUUCUAAAUCGAACCCCUUCUGUGCCUGCUGUGUUCAUUGGUGGCAAACUUAUUGGAUCAACAGAUAAGGUUAUGUCUCUACAUCUAAGUGGCAAGUUAGUCCCCCUCUUAAGAGAUGCAGGAGCCCUUUGGCUUUAACUCUAUCAGACAUAUAUAGUAAUAAUAAUAAUAAUAAUGACAGACUUUCAGUGAAAGGCUAAGUAAGUUACUAUAGAUAUAUGAGUGCUUAAGUUACGUUUGUCUCCCUUCUCUCCUCCAUCUUUAUGUGUUUCUCAACUCCUCGGUUUUGCAAGGAAAGAAACACCAAGUUAUUAACUUCAGAGUGUUUGCUAAUGAAAUGGUUCAUAUGGGAAGAAAGAGGAAGGAAAUGUAUUACUUUCUUACUUCUGUGCAUGAAUGGUUCUGCAUUUCUUCUGAAUUUGCAGUAUUUUGUUGAUUUGUUAUGAAUCCAAUGAAGUCAGGAUUAGAAGAACA